AUCAAUGUCCCGGAAAGGGAUCUAGCUUGUCAGGAAGUUUUGUCUGAGAGGUCUGGAACCUCAGCAAUGGCUACAGGGUGACUUCUUGGAUCCUCCACGUUUCCAGAUCCUAGUGAAGACCGGUGGACCCAGCUGAGGACAUGAGCCUAUCAGCUGGGCUCCCUGUGCGGCCGCUGCUGCUGCUGCUGCUACUGCUGUGGUCCGUGGCCCCGCAGGCACUGCCACCGCGUUCACAUUCUCUAAGAUACCUCUUCAUGGGUGCCUCAGAGCCAGACCUCGGGCUGCCUUUGUUUGAGGCUAGGGGCUAUGUGGAUGACCAGCUCUUUGUGUCCUACAAUCAUGAGAGUCGCCGUGCUGAGCCCAGGGCCCCGUGGAUCUUGGAGCAAACCUCAAGCCAGCUGUGGCUGCAUCUGAGUCAGAGCCUGAAAGGGUGGGACUACAUGUUCAUAGUAGACUUCUGGACCAUCAUGGGCAACUAUAACCACAGUAAGGUCACGAAGUUGGGAGUGGUGUCCGAGUCCCACAUCCUGCAGGUGGUCCUAGGCUGUGAGGUGCAUGAAGACAACAGUACCAGCGGCUUCUGGAGAUAUGGUUAUGACGGGCAAGAUCACCUGGAAUUCUGCCCCAAGACACUAAACUGGAGCGCAGCCGAGCCAGGGGCCUGGGCCACCAAGGUGGAAUGGGACGAGCACAAGAUCCGUGCCAAACAGAACAGGGACUACCUGGAGAAGGACUGCCCCGAGCAGCUGAAACGGCUCCUGGAGCUGGGGAGAGGCGUUCUGGGACAGCAAGUGCCUACUUUGGUGAAAGUGACUCGCCACUGGGCCUCUACGGGGACCUCUCUAAGGUGUCAGGCUCUGGACUUCUUCCCCCAGAACAUCACUAUGAGGUGGUUGAAGGACAACCAACCACUGGAUGCCAAAGAUGUCAACCCCGAGAAGGUGCUACCUAACGGGGAUGAGACCUAUCAAGGCUGGCUGACAUUGGCCGUGGCCCCUGGGGACGAGACAAGGUUCACCUGUCAAGUGGAGCACCCAGGCCUGGACCAGCCUCUCACUGCCUCUUGGGAGCCCUUGCAAUCUCAGGCCAUGAUUAUCGGAAUCAUCAGUGGAGUCACCGUCUGUGCCAUCUUCUUGGUUGGAAUUCUGUUCCUAAUCUUAAGGAAAAGGAAGGCUUCAGGAGGAACCAUGGGUGGCUAUGUCUUAACAGACUGUGAGUGAUCUGCAGCCUGCUGAACCACGGAAGAGAGAAAACUCAGCCAAAGACUUGGAGGGGGCACACUUGCUCCACUGUAGGACACAGUUGGACCUAACACACAGAAACUGCCUGAGAACUGUGCUCUUAGCUUUCUCUGUUCACUUUCUUAAGGUGUUUUCUCCAGUUAAGUUCAGUUCCUGAAUAGUAGUGAUUGCACCAGUUGCAACCUCUCCCUCCAGAACUGGUCUCAUGAUUCUUAGGCUGCUUCUUGGAAGCAUCCUAUGUUUCCUUCAUGCACCUAGACUCCAUAUGUCUACGUAAAGAGCCCCUCUAAGUUUAGUGGAUACAUGAUUCGUUUCCACAUCUGAAGAAGUUGUGAACCUUCAUCCGGGGAUGCUCACACAUACUUGAGCCAGAAUUUUUCACCUAUAUCCUAGAAUCCAGGACCCACUCAACUAUCCUCCAUCUGUUAUAGAGUGACUCCUCUGUCACCAUGCCCUGACUUCUCUGCCAUUGGAGUGUUAUAUAUAUGGAUCAUCAAUAAAGCCAUGAAGGCUACACAACUGUGCAACUUGAGGAAUCACCCUCGGAGAAAAUGUAGAUGUUUGUGUGUAUAACAAUGGCUCUGUGUUCAUAUCUGCACAAAGGUGACUUGAGGUUUUCAAAGGUUAAUAUCAUAGACAUCUGUGACAUGAUGCCUAUGAUGUACCCUCUCUCCUUGUCUCGAAAAUGAAAAUGGUGAACGAUUAUCAUAAUGAAGUGUGGCUUGCACUUGUUCUGAGGAAGUGCUCAAUAAUAUACUCUGCUCUGAUCACCCGCUAAACAUAAAGCAUGUGUAGACAUCCUGAGGGGUCUAGGAAGUGGAAAUUAUUAUCUGCACCCAUGUUCCUUCUCUGUAGAUGCAAAAGGUGAAAACUCUCUAACCACUCACCAGAGAUACAGAAAGACAGCUGUAGAAAUGCCAUCCUGGCUCUUAGAUACACCCUCUGCACCACCCGACUAUAUGAGUGGCAUGAAAUGAGUGGAGAAAGAAGAUGGCCCUUUUCUUGUCUCCUGGGGUUUCUCUUCAGUGAGUUUGACCCACAAGAUGGGAAAUAGCUGCCAAAUACUCACCAGUCCUCAGCUAUCAGGAAUCCUUUCCAAGUUAGAGGGAAAGGUCAGGGUGUGUCUUAGUCAGGGUUUCUAUUCCUGAACAAACAUCAUGACCAAGAAGCAAGUUGGAGAGGAAAGGGUUUAUUCGGCUUACACUUCCAUACUGUUGUUCAUUACCAAAGGAAGUCAGGACUGGAACUCAAGCAGGUCAGAAAGCAGGAGCUGAUGCAGAAGCCAUGGAGGGAUGUUCUUUGCUGGUUUGCUUCUCCUGGCUUGCUCAGCCUGCUCUCUUAUAGAACCCAAGACUACCAGCCCAGAGAUGGUCCCACCCACAAGGGGCCCUCCCCCUUGAUCACUAAUUGAGGAAAUGCCUUACAGUUGGAUCUCAUGGAGGCAUUUCCUCAACUGAAGUUCCUUUCUCUGUAAUAACUCCAGCUGUGUCAAGUUGACACAAAACUAGCCAGUACAGGGUGCAAGUAGUGACUCCACUGCCCACCAGUCUCCCGCUUCCUCUGACAUAUGGCUUGUUGUUGUUGUUUGUUUGUUUGUUUUUGUUAAAUUUCAUUAAAAAGCUUAGCCUAUCUGUCUGGUACCCUCAAAGCUGAUGCCUCUGGAUCAGAACCUUAAAGUGAUUGCCCUGGCAGCCGAGAAUCUGUCAAUCUGUCAAUCUUAAGGCAGUAGGAUGGAAGCUGUCAUUUGGCUUGGAGAAUUCUUGGAGUUGCUGGGGUCCUGCUGCUCAUUGUUAAUUGUGCACAUUUUAAAAUCCAAUCUAGACAACCUAGACAUUACUAGAUUUCACAAAAUACAUUCAUCUAAUGUUAAAAAGGUCAAGCCUGUGCUUGCAUGUUUGUGUGUGUAUAUACAUCUGUCUGCAUGAGGAUGAGUGUUCACAUAUGUGUGCACGUGUAUGCACAUGUGUGUGGGCUCCUCUCUCCACCCGGAUGGCACAUGCUCACUUCCUCCUAAACACACAUUUGCCUGCGUCUCCGUGGUAUGAAUUCCAUCUUGAAACCCACAUGCCUCAGACCAAUGGCUCCAAUUUCUUUAAUGAACACUGAAUUUGAGCUGAGACCUCAACCUUUUUGUGACCUUUGUAUUAUUUACUGUUUGUGAAAAUUAGGUAGGAAAAAAAAAAUCAAAAUUUUGAUUCAUUUUUGGAAAUAGAUAAACGUAGUUCCAUCAUUUCCUCAAUGAAUGACAAGAACCACUAGCAGCUUGUAUGUUGUCUCUGUAUGACUCUCCUCAAAGUGUGUGCAACUAAUAAACACAUGAUUUGGUAAGCA